GAGUUCCAGGCCCUUUUUGAUUCCACCAUGCAGAAGGCCCUGGCUUCGGCCAUGGGGACCAUGUCCUCGUCCCUCUCUCACACUAUUCAGCAGGCGCUGUCGCAGCCUUUGGGCCAUGCCGUGUUGCCUGCUCCCCUGCCUGCGCUGCAGCCUCAUACGGGUCGCAAGGCACAAACGAAAUUUAAACAUGUCUCUCCAGAGGUGACGCAGGUGAUACCUGCCUUGACUGACGUGCCUAUGGCCGUCCCAGAUGGCGCGUUUCCGCGCAAGAGAGCCGCUGGCCGGGCAAAAUCGGCCAGAAAAUGGAAACAG